AUGACGACGCGGGGCGCUGCCAUUGUGCCUGGCGGACGGAAUUUUGGGGCCGUGUUCUUGUUGAUCGUGCUCCUUGCACAGGAAGACGCGGGAUUCGGGGUGAAGUGCAUGGUUGGCGCAGUGCCCACAAAUAGCACAGCACCAUACGCCUUGCAGGGUCGAAUAUCAUCAAUCCAACCCUCAUGUGUUCAUCCCUGGGAGGAGACUUAUAUCAACGUUACAGUGGAGGGAAUGCAUGGAGGGCGUGCCAAUAUGUCAUGCUAUUUCUUGUCUUCAACAGCCUUUACAAAGGUGGGAUCCAACAAGGGCGACCAGGCGAUGAGCAAGUUUCUUGCAGAUGGUGGCCUCCAGAAGCUGCAGCAGGCAAGCAAUACAAAGGGAGCACUGCAACAUGGGAAUGGUACAAAUCUCGAAACUUGGUCCUGUAGAGUGCCUUCCAUUGCUACGGAUGUCGAUGUCAUCCCUGUGCUGGUGGCGAACUGGGCAGAGCCGGUGGAGGGAGGUUGGGAGAAUGUCACCAUUUCUGGCACGACAGUUUCCCAGAGGAUAUACCGAUCGGGUGUCCAGAAGAUAUGGCCAAGCCUGCUGCCUGUCAGGAAUGGCAUGGCUGUUUCAUUGGAGGGCGAAGGACUUGAGCCACCCAUCCAAUGCAUCUGCUCUGGGGGGAUGAAGAGAUCGUCAGCUGUGGUUGCCACACCCCACAAUGUGUCCUUUGCCCGGUGCACACUCCUGGACCCGCUUUGUUCAGAGCUCAACAUCACUUGGCAUGAAGGUAGCUGUGCAUCUACCUUUCCGGUGGGCUUUUAUGAGCGCCCUAACGUGUCAAAUAUAUAUCCUGCAACGAUUCCAAGAUGGGGCUUCUGUAAGUUGACUUUGGAGCUGAGCAACGUGGACCCUGCAAUGCUAAGAAACCUCAUGUCGUCACCAAGCAUGAGUGCUCCGCUAUUACGAUUGAGAGGACAUGGCCAUGUUGCAAAGGGCAUUGAAUUGGUAGGGUCCUUCAACAUAACCAAUGGCACAAAAGUUGAGUUCAAUAUUUCAACUGUACAUCAACCACUGAUGCAAGGUCUUCAUCACGUCGAGUUUGCGCUGAAUGGCAUGGAUUUUAUCAAUACUUCCAAGGUCAUCAAUGCGUCGGGCCCAUAUGUUGUGCUCCCUAAAACACGAGAGGGCCUGGAGGAGGGUGGUUCUCUGAACGUGACUGUUGAGCUCAGCGGCGCAAACAGCCUAAUGCCAGUGACGGCCAAACUGAAACUCAUGGCGGUGGGGAGUGCAAGCUCACUUGCAGAGCUUGUGAACAUGAGCUCCACCAGCGUGAGCUGGGCAAGGGGUGAAGCGGGCCUGAAGGUUGUCAGAAUUGAUGCAUUCCCGGAGACUGCAUCCCGGUGGGCCCAAGGCACUGUUGCAUUUGAACUGCAGAUCGAUAGCGUGAGUCAUGCUGACCGCCCGUCUGCACUGAGCGAUAGGACAACCUCUAUUUUUUUAUUGCAAAAGGGAGAGUUGCCUGUGUUCAAGGUCAUCGGAAAAAUGGUUUUGUAUCCAGAUAGCAGUGCAUAUCAUCACCCCCAGCAUGCACUGGUGGCUCUGACCAGUGGCAGCUCUGCCUUCAACUCAACUUUGAGGUACAUCAUAAAGCAGUCCAGGCCUGACAAAGGGCAUGCACCAGUUUGCAGCACUGCUGUGGGUGUUGUUAAAGAAACCACAGGAUUGAUCAAGUGGCGACCAGCACAGAAGAAUCUGAGUCUCCCCAUCCAUUUGCACUGGGGCAACAUGACUUACAGCACUGAGCUGCACGUCUCCAUAGUGCUUGAACCAGUGGAGGUGGCAAGCGUGUUGCAUGAGGAGGUGGUUGUGCUGCAUGCUUUCGGAGUGCAGAAUGACUCGUGUCCUCCAGGAUUCAAGACCUCUUCACCAAAGCCACGAAAUGUCAUCGAUACAGGUGGAAGAUUGGUGCAUGAGCUGAGCCUCAGAGGGCAUUCGGGGAAGUCAAGGAAGCACACGGACAAAGAACUUAAUCCAUCUUUUACCCCUGACCAGCACAGUUAUGUUGCUUUGGUGCCGUUUGGGUUGAUGGGAGCAAGGUUGGUGAUCCACAGCAGGGUUGAAGGGUCAGCCAUCGCUAUUAGUGGCAGCGACUGCCUGGUGGACAGGGACCUCAAAUGGUCUGAUUGUGGGUCGGGCUGUGAGCCGGCCUCAGAGAUGAGGGAGGCAGUUGCUCAUGUCAGCCUGCCCAAAGACAAUCAAAAAGACUGCCAUUUGGUGGUGCAUGCCCGCAAACUGGAGACAGCCACCAACACGACCUCAGGCUUGGGCGGUUCCCUUCGUGGGCUUCUCUCCACACCCCAGCGAAACCCCAGCUUCGAUGAGUACCAUGUUUCCUUCCUACAAUUGGGAAAUCCUUCACAGGCUGAGUUGCAUUCUGUAGUGCUUCGAAACGAGACCCACAUGCUGGAAAUGUGUGGCCCUUGGGCUGGAUCUGCAGCGGACAUCAAGGAGCGGCAAUGGCUGGAAGAUGUGCAACAGGAAGGUUCUCAUGUGUUGAUUCCAGGAUACCCAACUCAGAAGUGCACUGUGCACAGUAAAAUAAUCCUUGAUACACCACCUGCUGGAGACCCCCUGUGGAUAAUCCCAAGGCUGAAACAUCCAGAGGUGCUCGAAACGACUGUGGAAGUUUAUGGAGUCAUCGUGCAGGGCCCUGGCAAGCUGCAGGGCAGUGCACUGAACGCUACUGAAAUCCCGACUGCCAACAGGUCCAGUGCUCCUACGAUUGUUGGCACAAGGAUGAUGGGGCUGCCAUCCUUCCGUGCGAACUUCUCCCUUGGCUUUGACAUUCUUGUCACAGCUGCAGACAGGGUAACCUCAAACAGGUACCAAUUUGUGCUGGGAAAUGACAACAGAACCAGGGGUGAAGCUGGUCAUGGACAGAGGGAGAAGAAUGACAGUGUCCUUAGCCGCGACUGGGAAUUGAAGGGCUGGCCAAAGUCUCCAGCACAGAAUGCGCAGUGCCAUGCUUGUGAAAAGGGGCACUACUCCUCAGGGGUCAAUGUCCGAACAUGUUCAAAAUGUGCACCAGGCCAUUUCGCAGACACCUACGGGAGUUGCAAAUGCACGCCGUGCCCAGCAGGAACUUUCACCUACAACUGGGCCUCCGAGAAUUGCAGGUCCUGCAUUCUUGGGACAUACACAUCAGAGACUGCUUCUCAAUACUGCAAAGUCUGUGAGGAGGGGUGGAUGACGGAUGGGGACAUGCGUGACAACUGCACAGUGAAGCUGCUGCCCACAGAUUUGUCAAGAGAAUAUGCAAUAAUUGUUUCCCUGGGCGUCAUUCUCAAUGGCAGCUCGCUGGACGAAAUCCAGACCUUGAAGACCGGUUUAAUUUCGGGUGUGAAUGCGUCGGGGGUUGCUGUACUUGAGCUGUCAAUACGAGCAGACAUGGCUGGUGUGUUCAAUAUAUCAAUGGGUGACGUGUUUGUGACACACAUAACAGACAUGCCUGACGUGGGCCACCGUCGGCUGUUGCUCAAUGUGUCCUCCACAGUGAAGGUGGAUGACUCUCGAUGUGUUAGUGGCACAAAGGAGGAGUGUGAAGCCGCCUUCAAUCUGGCUGAGCACAAAGCAGAUGACAAGCUCAUUGAGGUGCAGAACAAUCCUGAUGCUUACCUCCAACGCACAAUACAGGCAACCAAUUCUCAGCGACAGGUGUCUCUUGAGAAAAGCGAUGUCAAGAGAAAUUGGCCAAGCAACAGGCGCAAGAAUUUUUGGAUCCGUUAUGGCUUGAUUGCUUUCCCAAUUAUGGCUGUUGGCCUGCUGGUGGUGAGUGCAGUAUGGUGGUGGCGUCGCUUGACAAAGAAGGAAAGGCUUCGAUUCAUGGAUGCCAUGCCUCUGCCAAGGUCGCUACAUUGGGAUGUCCUGCGAGUGCCUUCAGGAUCAACACUGGGCGAUGAGGAUCCAGAUGAUGUAGAUUCAGAUGGCGCUGUCGUUCGUUUUCCGGGAAGCAGGCACCGCAUCCCUGUGAGCGACAGCGGAUCUGCUUCAGCAUGA